CUGUAAAUGAGGCUUAUGCAAUGAUCGUGAAAGACGAGACCCAACGAUCUAUCUUGUUUGCCGAUAGAAAUGUUCCCACCGAAGGAUUGGCGAUGACCGCUAGGGGUAGGGGACGCGGACGAGGAAGAGGCAGGGGAGAUAUCAUGCCCGAAUGCACCCACUGCCGCAAAAAGGGGCAUCUUCGGGAUAAUUGUUUCCAGUUAGUCGGAUAUCCGCCAAAUUUCAAAGGAAAUAAGGGGAGGCAGCAAAGGGACUUUCAGCAAGGGGGAGCUGACAAAGAAUCGGACCCUCAAGGUCAUGCUGCAACCACAGUGGCGCCGACAUUCACAAAAGAGCAAUAUGAAAAGAUUCUGGAGUUGUUGAAGAAAGACAUGGAGCCUACGGUACAUGCCUUAACUGGUACAGGGCCUUCAGGAUGGGAGGAUGAAGAUGAUUGGUAAAGAAUAUAAGGGAUUGUAUGUACUAAAAGUGACAAAUACCCCUAUUUUAGCAAAUGUUGUUCAGAAUAGAGACAUGAGAAAAGAUUGUGAUAUCCAACUAUGGCAUAGAAGAUUAGGACAUGCCCCCAUAUCUGUGAUGAAACAUCUGGAUCAAAUAUGUACUGAAAAUUCCAUUUUGAAUAAAGUUUCCAAUUC